AUGCUGCGCAGCAGGAAACAUCAGACGGCUGGGAAGAAAAACGUAUUGUUAGGCCCGGCAGCGAAAAUUCAGAGAAAAAUUGAUGAAGACUUGCAACAAUUGAGAGAAAGUAUAUCACUCUCGACCACUGAAGUUCAAAAUCUGAAAAAUAAACUUGAAUUAAAAGAAAAAGUGAUCUUGGAUUUCCGUCUUGACAAAGAGAAAUUGGAAGAGAAGGUUCUCAAUAUAGAAAUUAUAAUAGAAAAGAGAUGUAAAGAAAUAGAAGAAGAGAAAAUUAAUCAUGAAUUUACUGUUAAAAAAAUGAAAGUGUAUAUCGAAAAGGCACGCCAGAAUGAGUUGAAAAGUGAGCAGGAUCGUUUGAAGCUUUCGGAGCAAGUUGGUCAGCUGGAGCUGAUCUCGCCUAAGUCUUCCAAUACUCGAACACUGAAAAACUUCGCGUUAAUCGGACAAAAAUCGAUUGAUCAACGAUGUGAAAGAAUUCUAUCCACGAUGAGAAACUUUGCAGGAUCUGAAAAUUUAGAUUCAUUUCUUACAAGUUUCGUCAGAUACGUAGCCAAGAGUCCAAAUUUCUCUUUUCGAACGGAUCUCACAGUCGAGGAGACCUUCAGGGCUGUCAUCAGAUUUGAAAUGUCUGAUGGGUUUAUGAAAAACUUUAAAGCAUUUUGUAAGCAGCAAAUAGGAUCCACUUUGUUAGCUUCAAGAAAAGAAGUAGACCGUCUUCGUAAAAAGUUGGCACCCGAGAAGUACUACAGUAUCUCAUCUGAAAAGGCAACACGGAAAGGUGGUGAUGGAAAAUACGUCGAGUAUUCCACGAUUUUAGUGGUAUGUGAUGACGUCAGAAGAGCCUUGAAACAUCGUCUCGAGCAGAUGGAUCUGAUUUUUGAUGAUGGUACAAGAGAUGAAAUUGUAGUCAGUAUCACUGCAGAUGCUGGAGCAGGAAUCACAAAGUUUUGUCUGAUUAUCGAGAAUUGUAGUAGACCGAACAGUGCACAUGGGCUUCUGAUUCUGUGAUGGUACAAAGGACCCGACAACCAUGCCACGAUGAAAAGGUUCUUUUCUCGACCGAUUCAACAGCUUCUUGAACUCGAGGAUAUUGAAUUUAAUUUGAAUGGAGCUGCAACUGUAAGAAAAGUCAGGCAAAAGUUAGUAGGUGACUGUAAAUUUGAGUCAGCAGCUUAUAACCACGCAGGACAAGCCGCUCUCGAUGGUUGUAUCCAGUGUGAGAUGUCUUGGUCCCACUCCGGAGCCAACAUGGCAAAACUUGGUACCUUCCCAUUUGAGCAGUGUGGCAGGAUUCGUACUUUAGAAUCUAUGAAAAACAAUGGAAAAGAUCCACUAUUCAAGGUAGAACCAUCCGAUGCUACACCUCCACCUCUUCAUAUGUUGAUGAGAAUCGUUGAUAAGUAUGUAGUUCCUCCAUUAUACGCGUUGUGCAAUCAACUUGACUCGAACUCAACGUUCAUCCCAGAAACUUGGGCGGAGCAGCAGUCGGAGCUCAGACUUCUGGUGGCAGAAGAAUCGGGCAGGAAGAGUGUGACGAGUAGCCUGAAAAAAACAGUUGAAUUGAUGGAAACAUUGAAAAAAUGUAUUGAAAAGAAACCCACCGCCAAGUCAUCCAGGUGUGAGGUUGCACCAUGUUCCUAUUCCAACUGUUUCGUGCAUCUUCUUCCUAAGAAAUUCCGCGAUUCUCAAAUUUUUUUCUGCAUUGCAUGCUCUAAGGCUUUACAUGUAUUGUGUGGAGGCUUGCUGACAGAGGAUCAGCGUUACGAAGCCCUUGAACUGUCCGCCAAAUGUAUCCAUUGUAAAGAGGAAACAAUUUUAUCCAAGGAAAAUUUAAUUGAGUACAUUGACGAAGCUCUUGAAAAUACCAAAGAAAUUAUGGCAAGGGAGUUGGGAGAUCUUGAAGAGCUCACAGGUGACAGAGAAGAGCUCGAAAAUUUUCUCAAAAAAUCCAAAGGCGAAACAAGACAAAAGCUGGAAGCAGCUCUAACUGAAAUUGGAUGUGAUCCAACUGUAUACUAUCACCAGAUGAAUGGUAACCAAAUUCGGAGCCUUCUUAAAAAGGAAAACAUCGAAAAAGUUCUGAAUAAAACCUUCGACGUGAUGACUCCAUACCUUUCCAAGCGUAAAUUGGUUAUGAUAGAUCUUGGAGAGAUCAUGUCGUGGAGCCGCAAUUCUAUUCUGUCGGAAGCGGAUAUUCAGUCACUUGAAAAAGCUCUUAAUUCAUUGCGAGAACAUCUUCGAGAUGUUCAUCCUCACAUGAGUGUUCUCCCGACUCUUCAUAUGAUGUGUGCUCAUCUUAUUCCAUUUGUCCGGAAAAAUAACACUUGGGGUCGCUCCAGUGAGCAAGGAGUUGAAGCAUUUCAUGCUUUAUUCAAUAGAGUCGAGAAACGAUAUCUUUCUGCACAAAGUCCCACUUUGCGAGCUCGGCUCUUGUUGCAACAUUUCACAAAUCUGAAUUAUAUUUUUGAUAGUGGAGAUUCUUGGGACAACACCUCUUAA